GUUUGGCAGAUGCUUAUCACUCGCUCAAACUGCACCUACUUCCAAGCGCCCCUUUGCUCAUUAAAAACAAAAACAAUUUCUUGAAAAAACAACGAUGGCGGUGAAUUCAUCAACUCCCCCGCUGCAUCGCUCUCUUCAUUCGCGCUCUCCUCUCGCUUUCUUCAAUCGCACCGGACCUGGAUUUUUUACUCACCCUCCCAACCCUAGGCUAGUAUCAGUUCGCUCCCACUCCCAGAACUCCGCUCCGGACGGUUCCGGAUCCAAGAGAUCGCUCAGUUUGGAGGACUCCCAAACUUCGAUUGGCUCGUCCUCUUCUGCAAUUGAUUUUCUCACAUUGUGCCAUCGCCUUAAGACUACAAAGAGGAAAGGAUGGAUCAAUCAAGGGAUAAAGGGUCCAGAGUCAAUUGCUGAUCAUAUGUACCGAAUGGCUUUGAUGGCCUUGAUUGCUGCUGACCUUCCUUCAGGUCUCAAUAGGGAAAGGUGUAUUAAGAUAGCAAUUGUGCAUGAUAUUGCAGAAGCUAUUGUUGGAGAUAUAACACCAUCUGAUGGCGUGCCGAAAGAAGAAAAGAGCAGAAUGGAGCUGGCAGCUCUAAAUGAAAUGUGCAAAGUUCUUGGUGGAGGGAUGAGGGCUGAAGAGAUCAAAGAACUUUGGCAGGAAUACGAAAAUAAUUCCUCUUUGGAGGCUAAUCUUGUGAAAGAUUUUGACAAAGUUGAAUUGAUACUACAAGCACUAGAGUAUGAAACUCAACAUGGAAAGGUGCUGGAUGAGUUUUUCCUUUCAACAGCAGGAAAGUUUCAGACUGAGAUAGGAAAGAGUUGGGCAGCUGAAAUCAUUUCAAGAAGAAAUCCAAGUUUGGCAAACAGGCAUAAUUGAUCCUGAUUUAGUGUCAAUUUUUUCUAGCUAUCAGGUUGAACCAUCCCUUGAAUAUAAAAUCAUAUAUGGACUGUUCUGUCACCUUGAACCAUUUCUUUCAUGUUCUUGAAUGUGGCAGGACAACUAGUUAUGUUGGAGCAACCUAAAAACUCCAACAACUAAACCAAAGCUGUCAAACGGAGUUUUGUAUCCUGUGGUGCUAGCUUGUUGUCAAAGAAUUGUUAUCAAUUUUUUUUAAAAGAAAAAAAAGUUGUAGUAUUUUUAAAGAGAUGAUAGCAUUAUGUUAUCUUAGCUGUUGGAAGUAUGAUACAAACUUUUUUAUAUCCCACAAUCCAAAUUUGUACUGUCAUGAAGAGUCCAAUUUCUUGGAUAGCUAGAAGCACGGUAAUACCACGAGUUGUGUUCUUA